UGCGCAGUAGAGCUGUGCUGACUACCAGAGCAAAUAGCGGCUCCAAGCUGCAGGAAGACACACGGAGCUUAGGAGCCGAGGAGCCGAGGAGCGGACAAACAACUAAUAGUCGCGGUAAAUUUGGCCUCCGCUCCCCGCCUGCCGCGCCAUGAGUGUCGGCGCCCCGCGAGGCCUGGCCAGCUCGGGGCAGAAGCACCUCGCAGACAUUGUCCACCCGCUGUCCGCCGCCGAGGAGCCUCUGUCCCCGGGGCCACAUGGCAGCGUCACCCCUGGGGGCCACAAGGAGGCAGGGCUGUCCAAUGGCACGCCAGUGGACACGCCGAGUCCCGCCUCUACGUCCUCACUGUUCAACAGGCUGCAGCUGGACGACGACCUGGAAUCCGACCCACGAGACCACUACGUUUCCACUGAAACCCGUGAUCUGUUUGUCACGGUGGACGACCCAAAGAAGCACGUCUCUACCAUGGAGACCUACAUCACCUACAGAGUGUCCACAAUGACGACACGGAUGGAAUUUGACCUGCCCGAUUAUUGCGUGCGGCGACGGUAUCAAGACUUCGACUGGCUGAGGAUGAAGCUGGAGGACAGCCAGCCCACCCACCUCAUCCCCCCUUUGCCAGAGAAGUUUGUGAUGAAGGGCGUGGUGGAUCGUUUUUCGGAAGAGUUUGUGGAAACGCGCAUGAAAGCGCUGGAUAAGUUCCUCAAACGGGUUGCAGACCACCCGGUCCUCUCCUUCAAUCCACAUCUUAACGCUUUCUUGUCUGCCAAGGACCUGAACAAGCGUCAAGGCCUGGCACUGCUCACCAAAGUGGGCGAGUCAGUCAAGCACGUGGCCGUUGGUUACAAGCUGCGGGCGCGGCCUCCCGACUUCUGCGCCAUGGGAGAGUACCUGGACACAUUCAGCCAGAAACUGGGGACCAUCGACCGCAUCGCUCAGCGAAUCCUCAAAGAGCAGUCAGAGUACCUGACAGAGCUGCGUGAGUACAGCACCAUGUACUCCAGCUGGGCGGGCUCGGAACAGGAGCUGCGGUGUCCCCUGGAGGGUGUGGCCAGCUCUGUGACCACGUCCUGCGGGGCCAUGGAUGACCUUAGUGAGAACAUCUGCCAAGACAUCCUGCCUGUGCUACGAGAGUACAUCCUUUACAUCGAGUCCAUGAAGAACGUUUUGAAGAAACGCGACCAAAGUCAGGCAGAGUACGAGGGACGCCUGGAAGCGGCCGUACUGCGCAAACAAGAGGACAAAACACCCAUGCCGGCUGAGGUGGAGCGCUGCCAGGACAAAAUGGAGUGUUUCAAUGCUGACUUGAAGGCCGACUGGGAGCGCUGGCAGAGCAACAAGCGACAGGAUUUCAAGCAGCUUCUGAGUGGCAUUGCAGAUAAAAACGUCAACUACUAUGAGAAGUGCCAAACAGCGUGGGAGUCUCUGGUUAGUGUCCUGCAGGACAAACAGACUGAGGACCAGCCAAGUCCUGCAGGACAAACAGACUGAGGACCAGCCAAGUCCUGCAGGACAAACAGACUGAGGACCAGCCAAGUCCUGCAGGACAAACAGACUGAGGUCCAACCAAGUCCUGCAGGACAAACAGACUGAGGACCAGCCAAGUCCUGCAGGACAAACAGACUGAGGUCCAACCAAGUCCUGCAGGACAAACAGACUGAGGACCAGCCAAGUCCUACAGGACAAACAGACUGAGGACCAGCCAAGUCCUGCAGGACAAACAGACUGAGGACCAGCCAAGUCCUGCAGGACAAACAGACUGAGGACCAACCAAGUCCUGCAGGACAAACAGACUGAGGACCAACCAAGUCCUGCAGGACAAACAGACUGAGGACCAACCAAGUCCUGCAGGACAAACAGACUGAGGACCAGCCAAGUCCUGCAGGACAAACAGACUGAGGACCAGCCAAGUCCUGCAGGACAAACAGACUGAGGACCAGCCAAGUCCUGCAGGACAAACAGACUGAGGACCAACCAAGUCCUGAAGGACAGACUGAGGACCAACCAAGUCCUGAAGGACCAACCCAGUGAGACAGACUGAGGCCUUUUUCUUUUUGUCACGCCAACAUUGACUGAGGACUUUUUCCUUGAUGGAAGUGACUUUGGGACCACUGGGAGAAGAGACUUUGUUUUUGCUGUUGUUGUUCCAUUCCUUUCUUUCUUACCUCAUCUCACCUGCUAACAGUUGCCAAGCUAAGAAGGAAUGUGUCAGUCUUUUCUACUUUCAGCGUGACAAAGUCACUCUGUUUACAAGCAACUCCUGAAACUCAAUCAACCCCCACCUUAAUUGCUAAAGAUUGUUCUCUAAAAGUCCAAACAUUUGUUGUAUUUUUUCCAUCCAGUUAUGUCCGAUUACUUGACAAAUCCAUUUUCAGCUUUGGAAGAAGUUGUGUGUCAGAUGUGUUGAGUGACACAGCAGCUUUCAGCUACGACCACUAAGAUGUCAGAUGUGUUGAGUGACAAGAUCACUAAGACCUAAAGGCUGUGCUCCAUCAGGGGAGGCAUCCAUCUUCCAAUAGUUGGGAGACUAAAUCACUUUUGCUAACUAGAGAAUCUUGUCUAGUUUGUCAUGUCAGCUGUGGAUGAAGGACAAGGAACCUGAAUCAGAUGUUGAAGUUCUGAUCAAACACUGACAUCUAGCGGCCAACAAGAGAACAGACAUUUUUGAGGUUUUUUUUUGCCAAUGCAUCUCAGUUGUAUCGUUCCAUUGUUGAAAAGCCUUUUAUAAGAAGUACAUGUUAUUAUAAAUAUCUCCAGUUUAUUUCUAAAUAACUUCAAGAAAGCAUAAUAUCCUAGGUGAAGUAUUCACUGCCGCACACCACAAUAGUAAAUAUAUACUGUAUAUAAAGACUGGGAUUUUGAUACAUGUCUUGUUUAUCUCUUUAGAUGGCUCACACAUGCAUUGCCAACUAUAAUAACUUUGUCAGUGUUUGACUUUCUUCUAUUCAUGCUAAAAGUUGCUUGAUCAUCACAUACAAAGCAAAUGGUCACUUGGGUAUUAGUGAUUGGACUUUACAGAUCUGCUUUAUUCUCCACAAUGAAGAGCUUAGUUAUUAUAUAAACUACAGCUGGGCUACACCAAAGUUGACCCUAUCUUUCAAUGCAAUGUAAAAAAUGCAGCAGUUAUUUUUUGUAAGAAACUAACAAAAAACAGCUUUGUUUACUUAUUUUGGUUGCCUUGUCUCAUUUGUCCCAAACUGACUGCUUGAGUUACUUGCUUUCUUUAGGAUGCCAGGAAACAUUUGCAAUAACAAUACUAAGCUAAUAUAUUUACAAAAAGAUGUUUUGUGUACGUUCACCAAGCCAAUGUGAAGCUCCAUGGAAUCAUUGAUUGCUUUAUCUCAGCGUGGGAACUAACUAACCUUUGUUUGUUUUCUUCAAGCCACAAAUAAGAAGAUGACUCAUGAAAGUGUAAAGAGUUUUGUUUUGUUGAAAUGUCAAACAAAUAAGCCCAAAUGUCAUCAUCGGAAUCACAAGAGAAAUAUGAUCAAUUGAACUUACUUAGUCUUUUUCUACAUAUUGUACAUCUUGUCACAAUAUAUAAAUAUAUACAAAGCUUGUAUAUUGAUGUUGUUUUGAUGCAAUUAUCUUUACCUCAAAUUAUUUUGUGUAUAUAUAUAUACACACACAUACACGCACACACACACAGCUUUAUUCUAGUCAUUAACUAUUGGGGGCAGACAACCUCAGAGCCAGUAAAGGUGGGGAUGUAGACCAGGGCGCAGAACUUCGGAGCCAGUAAAGGUGGGGAUGUAGACCAGGGCACCGAACCUCAGAGCCAGUAAAGGUGGGGAUGUAGACCAGGGCACAGAACUUCAGAGCCAGUAAAGGUGGGAAUGUAGACCAGGGCACAGAACUUCAGAGCCAGUAAAGGUGGGAAUG